CACAGCAUAUCUCAAGUGGAAUCAUGGCCCGUCACCGUGGGCUUUCGCUGCUGCUCGUGCUCUUGGCACCUGCCUUUGUUGGGCCACGCACUCGUUCGCCGCCACGAGCUGCACGGGUUGCGCGAUCUGCCGAGCUGAAGAGAGAUGGCGAUGGCGCCCUUGGCGCAGUUGGGAUUGGAGCAUCCCUGGUGAUGGGAUGGAGUGAAUGGACGCUGAAAACCACAGGUUGCGGUCUACCUGCCGGACCCUUUGGUCUGCUGGGUGCCACCGAGGGUCUCAGCUACUUGGCCGUUUUGGGCCUGGUGGGCUAUCAACUUUUCCGCCUUGCGACCAAUGACUCCAAGAAGCAGAGCAGCCUUGUGGAGGUGGCAUCGGUUCUUGCGGUCCUGGCGACCGUGGCGGGCAUCGUAGUCUUAUAUUUUCAAAUUCAGGAUUAUGGCUUCGUGCCUGAAGCAGUGCCCACUGAAGGAGGUAGAUGUAGCAACAUCGGAUGAACAUUCUGUCGAUUCUGUGCACUUGCAUGAAAGUGCUGCGAAAGACAGAGCAUCGGCAUCAUCGGUUCAAAAUUGAUGCACAGAUCUGGGAAUGGUCUUCUCUCCGAUGCUUCGUAUUGCGACACAACCAAGGUACUGGUAUAGUUUCAAGUCCAUUCACUGAAGUUCAGGAUUGGUGUCUGCCAAAGGAGCUCACCACUAGCAGCAAUGCUUUUGGGGCGCAUGAGAGUCUUAUGAUUUAGAUGUGACUUUGCUUCACUCAAAACCCAGUGUUUGGAGCCGCCGAUAAUCCAAUGUCA